UAGAUCAGGGCCAAGAAGCGAGGCUGCCCUGGCUCAUUCGUUUCUAAUCUGAUUCAUGGUCGAGAAACUCUUGCUUCUAGUAUUCCACGGCCCCACCAAACGACAUCUUUAUCACAGUGCCAGCUGGGUUGCCGUGCAUAGCUCACUGAGUGGUCCUGCUGGUCAAGCCACCGACGACGCCGUAACGACAUCGCACAAGCCGCCGUUCUUGGUCAACCCAGCUGAUAACUUGACGACCUGACCUCAUGGUCGGAUAUUAGGUGACUAUGGCGCUUCCAGGCAUGCUGGAUGUUGUGACUCUGGAGCGAGUCUUUGGCUAUUCGUUGUUGUUUGUCGUGAUCGGGUUCGUGCUGGAUUACGCAGCGCUGCCGCAACAUCCGAAGACUAUCCCGGCGUUUGGCCAUGGUCAGUCAUUGUGGGAGAAUCUGCGCAAUAGCGUAGCAUACUUUACAAGAUACCGAUCAUGGAUCACUGAUGGGUAUCUGAAGGUGACAUGUCUUUCUCGUCAAGGUGGUUCAGUCACUGAUCAUAAGCACCGUUGACAGUAUGGCAAAGAAGGGCUCCCCUUUGUGGUGCCCGCGUCGAUAUCACGCGCAUCCGACGUUGUGCUGCCGCGCUCUCUGGUAUCCUGGUUUAUGGAGCAGCCAGAUACAGCCCUAUCGGCCGACGAAGCACACGAGGGCAUAUUGUACGGCAAAUACAACUUUCUCGACCCCAGAGUGGCCCACGAAUCGUUUGGGACCCGCGUCAUCUAUAAACACCUGUCCCGCAACCUUGCGACGUUGGUGCCCGAAAUUGACGAUGAAGUCGGCUUUGCCGUGGACUUUGCUCUCCGCGAGGUCACGGACGAGUGGACAACUAUCAAUUUGUGGGACAUGUGGCUAGAUAUCGUCCCGCGAGUAACGAACAGGAUGCUUGCCGGCCGCGAGGCUUGCCGGGAUGAUCUAUUUCUGAAUAGUAUGAUUAGCUACGCUGACGACGUCGUUCGCAGCUGCAUCCUGCUUCGCAUGUUCCCAAAGGCACUGCAUCCCAUCUUUGGCCGCCUUUUGACUCUGCCAAAUUGGAUGCACUGGUGGCGGGCGCACAGACGACUUUUGCCGACGAUACAGCAGCGACUCCAAGAUAUGCAGCGGCAAGCUGAAGGAGCAGCAGAGCUUAAAAAUUGGGUGCCGCCAGACGACUUCAUCAGCUGGUACAUCCGUCUUGCUCUAUCCGAGCAAAGGAUGGAAGAACUCGACCCGACCGUCAUUUCGAAGCACCUCCUGCCACUCGAGUUCGCGUCAAUACACACAACUGUGCUUACGGGCCACUCCUGGUUGCUUGAUCUCCUCACAACCGCCCCAGAGGACCGAAUCCUCGAAGUUCUCCGCAACGAACUGCAAUCGCACAAACCACCCGUCGGCGGGCCAUGGACAAAGUCCGCACUCCUCUCUCUCGUUCGCGUCGACUCCUCCAUCCGUGAAUCCCAGCGGCUGAGCAACUUCCAUGCCACGCUCGUCGAGCGCGUCGUCAUUUCCCCGGACGGCAUUCGCCACCCGGGCUUCGACUGGACCCUGCCCAAGGGCAUCUUCGUCACGGUCAACCUCGAAGGCACGCACCAUGAUGAGGAUAUAUACCCACACGCGCGGACGUACGACCCGCUACGCUUCUCCCGCAUCAGGGAGGCGUGGGAGAAGAAGCCCGAGGAGGAGCGCAGGGCCGCCGUCGACGAGGGUAGGAAGGUCAUGGGGCUCGGCAUGGUGACGACAAGCGACCAGCACUUUGCGUUUGGACUAGGCAGGCAUGCCUGCCCGGGCAGAUUCUUCGUUGCGCACGAGCUCAAGCUCGUCAUGGCGCACCUACUACUCAAGUACGACGUCGAAAUGCUGAGCGAACGGCCCAAGCCCCAGUGGGUUGGAUCGCAGGCCCUGCCCCCGCUCAAGGCGCAGAUACGAGUGCGCAGGCGACGUUCGUGCGAAACGGCUUGAGGCCGGGCGGCAUGGCUUGGUGGAAGUGAACGGAAAGGACAUGGGCGCUGGCGGUUUGUAUGCUCUGUACAAUAUGUAUCAUGGCGCAUGAAUGCUUUGUAAACUGCGUCUUUUCAAAUGCUGCAGAGCAAUGCUUCGAUGCUGCUUUCAUGCUCGUUUUACAGACCCAGGCCCAAGUUAUCGCCGCCCAAGAAAAUGCCGCCCGUCAUGGUAUCUCUUUCGCGCAAGAGCGCCGCCACGUCCACCCGCCCGCCGGUAAUGUACCUCUCGCUCACGCCCAGGUUCACCCGGCGUGAUAGCUCCUCCCUGAGCUGAGCCUUGAGCGCGCCCAUCUCAGCCUUGCUCAGCGCGCGCGCCUCCUUCUCCUUGCGUCUGCGGCCACCGCCUCGGCCACCGCGCCCGAGGGCGUUUUGCUGCCCCUCGAAAUCGUCCGAG